CCCACCAUCUACGUGCUGGUUGCCUGCAGUCCUUGGGAGCAGCCAGUGCUCGUGCCUGCAUCGGCGUGCGGCGGACACGAGCAGCACGCAGUAUAUGCGACGAGCGUGCAGCCGAGAAGUAGACGAAGCCAGGACGAAGCUGCACUCGGGCAAGACGAACCGAGAAUCUCGGGGGCCGAGGAGGAGGAGGAGGAGGAGGAGGAGGAGGAGGAGGAGGAGAAGAAGGAGGAGGAAGAGAGAGAGAGAGAGAGAGAGAGAAAAUAUAGGAGGCAUUCUGUAUUGGCCGAAUCGCAACUGCUGCGCUGCGCUGGUCUCGCUCUCUGGAUGCACCUGGCGGGCCAGGACGACUCAGCUGGGAGGACUCUCUGGAUGCAUCUAG